AUAUUAAUUAGUAGGCACUGAUAACGUAGUGAUUACAUACUUUUUGGGUACCUACUGGUUCGUACCUACCUAUUGAUAAUUGAUUUCAUAGUUCGACAUACAUAUGAUACGGAAAUCAAAGUCAAAGGUUAAAAGAAUUCAGAAGCCGAACAGUUUCAGGUGAAAUGGCUUUACGGGGUAUAAAAGUUGUAGAAAUGCUAGGAUUAGCUCCAGGCCCAUUCUGUGGAGCGAUAUUAGCCGAUUUUGGCGCAUCGGUUACCGUCGUUCAAAAGAUUGAUGCAUCACCUCUAGAUGUUUUGUCAAAUGGAAAAAGGGUAAUUUCAAUAAAUUUAAAAUGUAAUGAGGGCGUUGAGAUAUUCAAAAAGUUAUGUGCUGAAUCCGAUGUCUUAUUGGAUACUUUCAGACCAGGUGUAUUAGAAAAAUUGGGCCUGGGCCCCACAUCACUUAUGAAAGAAAAUGGUAAACUUAUAUAUGCAAGAUUAACAGGUUAUGGACAAAAUGGUGAAUUUAAAUAUAAAGCAGGCCAUGACAUAAAUUAUGUUGCUAUGUCGGGUAUACUAUCCAUGCUUAGUAAAAAUCAACAGCCACCAAGACCACCCCUCAACAUUAUUGCUGAUUUUGCUGGUGGCAGCCUUUUGUGUGCUCUUGGCAUUGUAUUAGCUUUGUUUGAAAGGAUGAAAUCUGGUAGAGGGCAAAUCAUUGACGCAAGUAUGACAGAAGGUGCAGCUUAUUUAGGAACUUGGUUAUAUAAGUCACAAAAUUUACCAAUAUGGAGUGGGGAACCUGGGACAAAUGCUUUGGAUGGUGGACUUCCAUGUUAUGCUAGUUAUAAAACUAAGGACAAUAAGUUUAUGGCUGUUGGAGCUCUAGAACCUCAAUUCUACUCUAACCUUUUGAAAGGAUUAGAGCUGCCUGAGGAGACAUACUCACAAACUGAUAUGGAAUGCAAAAAGAAAUUUGAAGAAAUCUUUCUUACUAAAACCCAGCAGGAGUGGUGUGAAAUUUUUAAAAACCUGGAUGCAUGUGUCACUCCUGUGCUUGAUAUAAAAUCAGUCGACAGCCAUGAAUGUAACUCAUCACGCAAGUCUUUCUAUAAAGACCAUGAAAAUCUUAUAGUGCCUGAACCUGCACCUAGGCUCUCUUCCACACCUGGAGUAUCAAGUGGGAAACAGAAGCCAGCAGAAAUAGGACUUCACACUAGUCAAAUACUGCAAGAGUUGGGUUAUAGCAAGUCUGAAAUUAAGGAUUUUAUUAUUAAGAAUGUUGUAUAUGCCAGAGCACAAUCAAAUUUGUAAUCAAUUUCUUUAAAUAUUUUUGAAUCAAUUUAUGUAUCUGGGUGCUAUAUUGCAAUAUUAUUUAUAGGCUAUAAAAAUACGAUGUACAUAUUAAUACAAUUAUUACUUCAAAACUUUA